GCUGCCUUUGGGUUAACAACGCAGAGUCGCUCGCCAGACGCAAGCAAGUCGCGUAAAAAUCGCUCGCGAUUUCAAACUCGUUUCUCGAACAGGACAACGAAUUUCCGCGGUCGUCUGCAUUAAGAAGUGAACUGCAAUUUUUUAGUCCAUCGGGAAUACUUUUUAUUCUAUAAAACAAAAUUGUUAGAGUGUGUGCAAAUAAUAAGAAUGUAUACCAAUAUCGUGCUCUAAAGUGCCUGCAUUUACCGGAUUUAAUAUAUAGGAUAUCAUAGAUUUGAAAUAUUUAUUUUAAAACCCAUUUAAUAUUCUAUACAUCGAGUGCCAAAGAGAAAUGUUGUGUGCGGUGUGUGAACAGCAACAGCAACAAAUAGAGUAAAUAAAUAUUAAAUAGGAGUAGAUUAAAUAUUAAAAUCCAUCUGCCAGUAAUUGUCGUUGAAUGAAAUAUUCACAGCAAGUGCAAGCUGCAGAUUGCAGAUGAAAAUUAAAAAAUUGUAAAAUUGAAAAUCACAGAAGCGGAUGAAAAAGUUGUGGCGAUAGUUCGCAUUUGUUUCGGGACCGCAGUUCUCCCAUAAUUUUCCGGCUUUUCGCAGUGACGCCUGCGCAGCUGACUGAAAAAUUCUAAUUGGAUACUUUUCUGGCGGACGGACACAGGAAGCGGAAGUUGGCUGCCACCAUUUGCAAUAGACUAACUAGCGAGAAAGAACCUGUCCAUGGAUUUAUGAGAUCCUGCUCCCGAUCCAUGAGGCCGGAGCCCACCGACUGAGGUCCGCCCGCAGGUUGAAAAUGGCGGACGUUUACCGGGAUGCCAGCAGCACGCUGCGCUCCGUGUUCCCCAACUCGCGGUUGGGAUCGCUGGCCGGAAUGGAGAGUCAGCUGCAGGGUCCGCUGGAUGCGGACUCUGAUCCGGAUGCGGGAGCAGCCACCACGGUGGGAAGUAGGGCUAGCGACUAUGACCCGUAUGACGAGGACUGGUGGGCCAAUGCCAUCGAAGUGGACACCUUCGAUUCCCCGCUGGCCUUCGACGCCAGCGAGAACGGACUGUGGAACGGACACUUUGUGCCGCCGCCGCCCCGCCCGCCCUUCCUGGAUGAAAGCGUCGCCGCCGACGGCCUGACCACCUGCGAUCUGUGCACGUGGGCCUGGCAGCGGAAUGCAUACUCCCUGGACGGUUCCAUAGAUACCGCCGGCGAACUUGGAUGGGCAUUCACCUUAAUCAUAGUUUCAAUCAUAUCGGCUCUUAUAGGUGCUAUUGUAAUGGUCAUAGUUCUAAGAUGUAGAAGAAUUAAAUCAGCGAAUGCCAACGGUGGUCGCCCGCAGCCAUGGUGGUGUCGCAACAAUCGAAACGGUGGCCAAAACCGAUCCCCCAUCUCGAUCAAGCACUCGGCGGACAGCAUCCGGAGACCCACUAGCAACUCCGGUGUGUGGACCUGGCUGGGCGGCAGCCGCCGCUCCUCGGCCGGACCCGACCAGAUCGGGCCGCCGUCUACCUCCCCGGCGGAGAACCACUACACCCACAUGGAUGAUGCCUACAGUCCGGUGGGCGUGAACGAGGCCCUCUACGCAGAGCUGGAUCGCGAAUCUGUGCGCUCCGCCAAUCCCUCGUACCAGAACACGGCCUACAGUCAAUGUGGCGAGAAAUACAAUUUCCAAGGCCACGAACAGGACAUUCCCAUGGUGGUCUCCUCGGCACCGAGCAGUGCCUACUACUCCGAUCUGUCGGUGACCGCCAUGCCGGGCGGGGCCAGUGGCAGCAACCAGGGCGCCUACGAAAUAGUCGGACUGAAUGUAAUGUCCCAGCCCCUGCCCAACUGGGAUCACCACGGCGGAGUGGCCGUGGCCCUGACUGGCGGAGGCGGGGGGGCAGGAGCAGGACUGACGCCCGGCGAGGCGGCCGCCAUGACGCAGCGGCGAGGGCCACGACUGGCGGCCAUCAACGAGACCAGCACCAGCACAGUGCCCUCGGACUACGUUUAAAGAAAUAAUAAAGAUUAAAACACAUUUGUGAAAUGUUCAGCGAGCUUAACAUGUUAAUAGGAUAAAGAAUAGAUGUUAUAUACACCCCAUAGCGUUACGUAGGGUUAAAUUUACGAAUAUACGAGUAUAGUAUACCAUUUAGUGCUUAGCGUGGACUCGUGUCUUUGGUUUAUGUCUGAUCGUGAAUUGUCAUCUGUACCCGUUCCGAUGUUGGGACAUAUUUAUACACACUUACAAGGCGAUAAUGUAUUAUAUAUGUCUAGUGUUUAUAUAGUCUGUAAGCAACGAUUUAAUCGUGGGUGAUAUUUAGCCUAAAAAUACGCUAUAUUCUUAUGUUCUACGUACUUUAAACAUUUUCUAAAAAUGUAAAAUCGACAACAAACGCAUUUUUUCGUAGGGUUAAGGCUUAGGCUAUCCGACAGGAUGAUGGAAUGGAAUGGAAUGGCAGGGUAGGCAGGGUAGGCAGGCAAGGAACCGUAUUUCCCCCCAGGAUCAGUACAUGCAUUAAUAUUUAUAUUAAACGUAUACCACAUAUUUAUACACGCAUAUUUACAACAGCAACUAACAAGCAACCAGCAAAGAAAAACUCAAUUUAGCUCACCAAUAUUAUACUAUAUCUAUACCAAUUACUGAGGAACGUAUUUACAACGAUUUUAACGCAAAACAGAUUUCAACAUAUUUACCGAUUACCGAACAUUGCAGUCGGGGGAAAUGAUCGUCAUAUCAUUUACGACACCAUAUACAUAUGCAUAGCUAUCUAUAUACCAUAUACAAUAAACGGACUCACUCACGCGACCCCUAGCAGAGGUACUUUAGUUCUUAGUUUCGCCCGGCCGGGCUCCUCCUUGGGACCUUGGCCGACUAAUUUAACGACACGCCGAACACACACACACACAAUUCCUGUACAUUUUUGUUUUAGUUGAAAAUAUAAUUAAACAAUUUAUUGAUAUUUACA